UGAUAAUAAUGAUAAUAAUGAUAAUAAUAAUAAUCAUGAUAGUGUACACCUAACAUUUUUAUUUAGGGAUGGGGUAUUAAAAAGAGAAACUUUGGAGCCUAAUUAGUAGGCUGACGGAGUGGGCCGGUUAGCACAGCAUUAGUCCAUGAAAAGAGCCUCACUUUUCGACCGUAAUGGGAAAAAACAGAGCAUAAAAUGGCCAUAUUCAUGAGUUAGCCGUUAGCUUCCACCUCCCUAACAUGACCAAUCCGUCUCCUCCACUCUGUAAAACUGGUCAGAAGAGUGGGCGGUGAAGAACCUCCAAAUUCCACCUCCAUAGCCGAUUUUUCCUUCCUUUCAGACAGCGACGAUGACAGAGCAGCAGUCGAUGAGCUUCUAUCUCAGGCGAUGGAUCACUGUGUUCUCGAGCAGGUCGCUGCCAUAAACUGCUCCGGAUUCACCGACUCGCCCCUCCCAUCUCACCUUGAAUCUCGCUUCCGGAAGCUCAAAUCUCUCCCUUCCACAAACCCCAGACCCCCAAAUCCCACUCCAGAAAGCUUCGCUGCUUCUCAGCCGGCGGAUUAUCGGGAGAAGGAAGAGCCAACCGGGGAGACGAAGGGUCCAAAGGAGAAUCCGAGCCCAGAUUUACUUUCACCUACGCGGAUAUUGGAGGAACCGGGUGUUAAACUCGGGGCGGCUUCGUAUUUUGAGGAUCCGGAUGAUGUUUCGACGGAUUCCCCAUCGCCGCCCCCGAAACCUGGAUGCUUGUGGUGUUCCCCAAACAAAAUUAGGAAGAAGAAGAAGAAGAAGGUGGGGAAAGAAAACAGAGGUAUGCUGUCGGAUUUGAGCAGCUUCUCCCGGAAGAAACAUGAAGAAAUGCUGAAAAGGGCGUUGAGGGAAGAGGAGGAGAUUAGCAGGGAGGCGGAGAAGAUAGUGAAAUGGGCGUCUGCUAGAAUGGAGCUUUCUGGCCUUGAUGAUGAUGUUGGCGAACUCAAUGACAAAGAGGUGCUUCAUGGAAGAAGAAGAAGAUGAUUUGUUUCUUCCUUUAAUUUUCUUACCAUCGUCGAUCCCCUUCCAUAUGUAUGGAUAUAUAUAUAUUUAUAAUUGGCAAGAUUAUAUACAGAUAAGUUUUUUUUUUAUUAUUUCCUUGUCAAUCUUUAGUGCAAUUCCAAAAUUGAGCAAUGGACUAUGACUUGUAUAUAGUUUUAUGUACUUUUGAAGAGAGAUGAUCAAAUUUGUAUCCAAAUAUCAUCCAGACGGUAAUUAAGUAAAUUCAAGUAAACUUAACUGGACUCGAUCUACACCACCUUGAGUGUGCUUUGUCAUAAGACUAAUACGUAGAUCCGAGCACCAGAUCUACGGCCGCCAGGCCCAUCCCGCCGCCGCCACAUGCAUCAGCCGUCGCUGGCCUAUUGCCACGCACCAGUCGCUAACCCAUCGCGAAUCUCAUCCCUCUCAUCUUCU